AUGACGACUUCCCCUCAUUCUCGACCAGGAAUAGGUCGUUUUCCACCUGCAGUGAUCAUUCGUUCUGAUCCUGGUCCGUCCCGACCUCGUUAUCGAUCACAUUACACCAAUGUCGAUGAACCCAAUAACGAAGCGUCAAACCCAGACUUUGUAGGAGGGAGGGGUGGAACAAGAACAGCAAGAAGAGGAAGAGGUGGGGGAAGUGGAGAAGUGGAAGCAGAAGAAGGGGAAGAAGAAGCUGAGCUAAGUAGAGACAAAAUAUGGAAAGAAUGGAAUAUAAACCCAACUAGAAAUGUAAACCAACCACCUAAAUUCGUUAGCUCAUCAAUCCAAUAUGAUGAAUUAGGUAGAUCAAUCAAUGAUGGUAUUACCGUUGACGUUGAUUUCCAAGGUGGUUCAAGGGAUGACAGUGGGAAUCGGAAUGAGAAGGGUAGACAGAGGGACGAUGGAGAUCAAAUGAAAAAUUGGUAUCUGAAUAUUGCAAGUUCAAGUAAAGGAUUGAACAGUAGAUCAAUAUCACCUAAUAUCCAAGCUAAACUGCAAGAAGUAAAUAUGGACAAUACUAGUAUUAUUGAUGUUGAUAACGAAAAUGAAAGGAGACAAGUGGAUUCAUCAACGAUACAAACCCCAACCUCAACAUCCAAUCGAACUUCCACUUCCACUUCCACUUCAAUACCUACUUCGUACCGACCUGCCACUGACGCAAUAAUCAAUAUCGAAGACUAUGACAACAAUGAAACCAUAUCAUAUCCAGCUCCAGCUCCAGCUCCAGCUCCAAGUCAACCUCUUCGUGUUCAUUCAAAAGACUGGUUCAUCCGUCGAGCCUUGCUUUCCUCUCACUCUCACUCUCACUCUCACUCUCAGCCUCAAUCCGAAUCUUCUCCUGGUAAUUCAACUCCAAAAUCAAAAUCAGAGUCGACAUCGAGUUCGAUAAGUUCUUUACUAAAUAUCAAGUCAUCUAAUCCAGUUAAAAGGAAAUACGAACCUCAAUAUGUCCUUGGACCAGAUAACAAAGGUUACGAAAUAUUGAAGAAUCAAUUGGGAUGGCAAGGUGGUGGAUUGGGUAAACCCGUUGGAAGGGAAGAUCCUUCAUCUGUUGGGCAACUCGAACCUAGACCAUCGCCUACAUCACAAACAGUAAAAGGGCAAGGGAAAGGAAAAAGGGAGGAGAAAGAGAAAGAAAAGGGAAAAGAAAAAGUCAGAGAAAUGGGGGAGAUUAUCGCUAUUGAAUUAGAUGAAAAUGGGAAUCAAAUCGUUGAUCUAACACUUUCAUCUGACUCUGAUUCAGACUCUGACUUUGACUUCGGAUCCGAUCUUGCUUUUGGACCAAAAGAAAGGGAAGAAAAGGUUAAAGAACUAUUUCAUGGGCCUGGAAGAACUGCACCUAUAGCAACAGCAUUAAAACUUGAUCGUAAAGGUUUAGGACAUAAUUCAUCUACGACAAAAGAUAAAUUUAAGAUUACUCAUACUCAUAAAGAAAUACAAAUUGCCCAGAAAAAAGCUAGAUACGCAAGCGGCCAUGGACAUGGGAAAGGAUUAGAAUUGGGUAAAAAAGGAAGGAUGAAAUGGAAAGAAUAUGAUAAGAAAGAUAGAGAUGAAAGGAGAGCGAUAAAAGCUGCUCUUGGAUAA